AUGUCUUUGAAGACGGCUCAAAAAAUAUUUCCUCCUUUUAUCCUCUUUUUGUCCAUUUCCCUCUUUUUGUCUUAUUUUCUCUUUUUUCGCUUGUCAUUUUUUCCGUUUUUUUCUAUUCGUCCUUUUUUAUUUUUUGUCCGUUUUCCCUUUUUUCUCUUUUUUUUUCUGUUGUGUCCAUUUUUCUCUUUUUUUUUUUUUCUCUUGUGUCCAUUUUUCCCUUUUUUUUUUUCGCUCUUGUCCAUUUUUCCCUUUUUUUUUUUUUACUCGUGUCCAUUUUUCCAUUUUUUUUUCACUUGUGUCCUUUUUUCAUUUUUUUUUCACUUGUGUCCAUUUUUCCACUUUUUUUUCACUUGUGUCCAUUUUUCCUCUUUUUUUUCACUUGUGUCCAUUUUUCCUCUUUUUUUUCACUUGUGUCCAUUUUUCCUCUUUUUUUUCACUUGUGUCCAUUUUUCCUUUUUUUUUCACUUGUGUCCAUUUUUCCUCUUUUUUUUUCACUUGUGUCCAUUUUUCCUUUUUUUUCACUUGUGUCCAUUUUUCCUCUUUUUUUUUUCACUUGUGUCCAUUUUUCCUUUUUUUUUCACUUGUGUCCAUUUUCCUUUUUUUUUUCACUUGUGUCCAUUUUCCUCUUUUUUUUUUCACUUGUGUCCAUUUUUCCUCUUUUUUUUCACUUGUGUCCAUUUUUCCUCUUUUUUUUGUGUCCAUUUUUUCCCUUUUUUUUUCACUUGUGUCCAUUUUUCCCUUUUUUUUCACUUGUCCAUUUUUCCCUUUUUUUUCACUUGUGUCCAUUUUUCCCUUUUUUUUUUUCACUUGUGUCCAUUUUUCCCUUUUUUUUCACUUGUGUCCAUUUUUCCCCUUUUUUUUUUCACUUGUGUCCAUUUUUCCCUUUUUUUUUUCACUUGUGUCCAUUUUUCCCCUUUUUUUUUUCCUUUGUUUUUUCCCCUUUUUUUUUUUCACUUGUGUCCAUUGUUUUUUUUUUCACUUGUUUCCAUUGUUCCCUUUUUUUUUUCACUUGUUUCCAUUGUUCCCUUUUUUUUUUCACUUGUGGCCAUUUUUCACUUUUUUUUUUCACUUGUGGCCAUUUUUCACUUUUUUUUUUUUUUUUUUUUUUUUUUUUUACUUGCGUCCAUUUUUCCCUUUAUUUUUCACUUGUGUCCAUUGUUCCCUUUUUUUUUUUUUCACUUGUGUCCAUUGUUCCCUUUUUUUUUUCACUUGUGUCCAUUGUUCCUUUUUUUUUUUUUUUGUCCAUUGUUCCCUUUUUUUUUUCACUUGUGUCCAUUUUUUUUUUUUUUCACUUGUGGCCAUUUUUCACUUUUUUUUUCACUUGUGGCCAUUUUUCACUUUUUUUUUCACUUGUGGCCAUUUUUCACUUUUUUUUUCACUUGUGGCCAUUUUUCACUUUUUUUUUUUUUGGCCAUUUUUCAUUUUUUUUUUUUCACUUUUUCAUUUUUUUUUUUUUUCUUUUAUUUCACCUUUUUUUUCCACCAUUUUUCCUCCCUUUUUCCUUUUCCUCCUUUUUGUUCUUUUUUCCCCACUUUUGUCUGA